AUGAGCGUUGAACUUGCAAAAGUCUCCAUCUUGGGGAAAGAGUGCGUCCACGUUGGUUAUCAGAUUCAUGAGCACAUUGUGAAGUCCACUUUGGAACAUUGUAAGUCUUCUACAUAUGUGAUUAUUAAUGAUACAAAUGUAUCCAAGGUUCCAUACUAUCAUGAUUUGGUUAGUUUGUUCGAGAAAUCCCUACCGGAAGGUUCUCGUUUACUUAGAUACGACGUGAAGCCAGGUGAAGCUCACAAGAGCCGUGAAACGAAGGCUGACAUCGAAGACUAUUUAUUACUUGAAGGGUGUACCCGUGACACUGUUAUCAUUGCCGUUGGUGGUGGUGUGAUUGGUGAUAUGAUCGGUUUUGUUGCGUCCACAUUUAUGAGAGGUGUUCGUGUCAUUCAAGUUCCAACAUCGUUGUUAGCUAUGGUUGAUUCAUCCAUCGGUGGUAAGACAGCUGUGGAUACUCCGCUUGGUAAGAACUUUGUUGGCGCCUUUUGGCAACCGCAAUUCGUUUUCGUAGACAUCAAAUGGUUGGAAACUCUCCCUCAAAGAGAAUUUAUCAAUGGUAUCGCUGAAGUUAUCAAGACAGCUUGUAUCUGGAAUGGUGAAGAGUUUGCAAGAUUGGAGGCUAAUGCAGAAACGUUCUUGUCUGUGGUGAAUAACUCACAAACAGUAUCGGUGUUCAGUCCACACCAUAAUGAAACUGUAGAACUCACUUACACCAAUAUUGAAUCAAUGCUUGAACAUACCUACAAAUUGGUGUUAGAAUCUAUUAAGGUUAAAGCUCAUGUGGUUUCGAGUGAUGAAAGAGAGUCAGGAUUGAGAAAUUUACUAAAUUUCGGUCACACCAUUGGUCAUGCUUACGAAGCGAUCUUAACACCCCAAGCUUUGCACGGUGAAUGUGUGUCAAUAGGUAUGGUCAAGGAGGCAGAACUUUCACGUUAUAUGAAUAUACUAUCUGCGACACAAGUUGCCCGUAUGGUAAAAAUUCUAGCUGCCUACGGUUUGCCCAUCAGUGUUAAUGAGAAAUGGUUUAAAGAGUUAACUUUGAAUAAAAAGACACCUUUGGACGUUUUAUUGAAGAAGAUGAGUAUCGACAAAAAGAAUGAUGGUUCAAAAAAGAAGGUUGUCAUCCUAGAAAAAAUUGGUAAAUGUUAUGGAACAUCCGCUCACGUAGUUUCAGAUGAAGAUUUGAGAUUUGUUUUGUCAGAUGAAACCUUGGUUCAUCCAUUCAAUAACAUCCCAGAAGGACAAAAUAAGGUAAUCACACCACCAGGUUCUAAAUCUAUUUCAAACCGUGCUCUAAUUCUCGCAGCAUUAGGUAAAGGUACGUGUAAGAUCAAGAACUUGUUGCAUUCUGAUGAUACCAAACAUAUGUUAAAUGCAGUUCAACAGUUGAAGGGGGCUACUAUCUCUUGGGAAGAUGAUGGUGAAACAGUAGUAGUCCACGGCCAAGGUGGUUCCACGUUAACCGCCCCUUCUGAAGCAUUAUACUUAGGUAAUGCGGGUACUGCUUCAAGGUUCUUGACUACUGUUGCUGCAUUGGCCAAGAAAGAUGGUAAGAAUGACCAUGUCAUAUUAACUGGUAAUGCAAGAAUGCAGGAAAGACCAAUCGGACCUCUAGUCGACUCUCUCCGUUCCAACGGUCUAAAAAUCGAUUACUUGAACAGACAAGGAUCUUUACCUUUGAAAAUAAACACAGAAACCAAUUUCAAAGGUGGAAAAAUUGAGUUGGCUGCCACUGUCUCCUCUCAAUAUGUCUCUUCGAUCUUAAUGUGUGCUCCAUACGCAGAAGAGCCAGUUACGUUAUCCCUCAUUGGUGGUAAGCCAAUCUCACAACUUUAUGUCGAUAUGACUAUCAAGAUGAUGGAUGCUUUCGGUAUUAAAGUCACUACGUCUACUACAGAGCCUUUCACCUAUCACAUUCCGAAGGGAAAUUACAUCAAUCCAGCAGAGUAUACCAUCGAGUCAGAUGCUUCUUCUGCUACCUACCCAUUAUCAUUUGCUGCUAUCACUGGAACCACGGUGACUGUUCCAAAUAUUGGAUCGGCCUCUUUGCAAGGUGAUGCCAGGUUUGCAGUUGAUGUUUUGAGACCAAUGGGAUGUGAGGUUACUCAGACUGCAACCUCAACUACCGUGACUGGUCCACCAAGAGGUCAGUUAAAACCUUUAAAGCACGUGGAUAUGGAGCCGAUGACUGAUGCAUUUUUGACGGCAUCAGUGGUUGCUGCCAUUUGUAAUAACGGUACCACAAACACUACUACCAUUGAAGGUAUUGCCAAUCAAAGAGUCAAGGAAUGUAACAGAAUCGAAGCCAUGGUUACACAAUUAGCAAAAUUCGGUGUGAGGGCUAAUGAAUUACCUGAUGGUAUUCAAAUUCAUGGUGUUAAUUCUAUCUCGGAAUUGAGACAACCAUCUGAUGCAGGAAUUGAGACUUACGACGACCAUCGAGUAGCUAUGUCAUUCUCACUGUUGGCUGGUAUGGUUAAUUCUGAUAAGAAGGAUGAUGAAUCAUCUGUUAGAAUUUUGGAGAGACAAUGUACCGGUAAAACAUGGCCUGGUUGGUGGGAUGUCCUACAUUCUCAAUUGGGUGCAAGACUUGACGGCGCUGAACCUUCAACAACAAAAUCAUCUGAAGUUAAAAAAAGUGUAGUCAUUAUAGGAAUGAGAGCGGCUGGUAAAAGUACUGUCAGCAAGUGGUGUGCUGAGUCCUUGGGUUACAGGCUUCUUGAUUUAGAUGAGGAAUUUGAAAGACAGUACGGCAAAGGUACUGUGAAAGACUUUGUAGCAGAAUCUGGAUGGGAUGAGUUCAGAAAGGAAGAAACUAGGAUAUUCCAGGAAGCGGUAGACAAAUACGGUGACAAGGGCUAUGUGUUAUCUUCUGGCGGUGGAAUUGUUGAAAGAUCAGAAUCAAGACAGGCUUUGAAGAGGUUUGCCGAAAGCGGCGGUAUCGUCCUACAUCUUCACCGUGAUAUCGAAGAGACAAUCGUUUUCCUAAAGAGCGACCCAACUAGACCAGCUUACAUUGAAGAAAUUCGCGAUGUGUGGGAAAGAAGAGAAAAGUGGUACCAUGAAUGUUCGAACUUUACCUUCUUUGCGGCUCAUUGCUCCAAUGAAAUUGAAUUCAGGAAUUUAAGACAUGUGUUCAGCAACUUCAUUCGUCGUGUACUUGGCGCUGAAAAGAUUCCUGUACCUUCCAGGAGAUCAGCUUUCGUCUGUUUGACUUUCGAAGACCUAUCGGAUCAUUUGUCAAAAUUGGAUGAAAUAACCUAUGGUUGUGAAGCAGUAGAACUAAGAGUUGAUCAUUUAUCAUCCUUUUCUUCAGACUUUGUCACCAAACAAAUCUCCUUGUUAAGAGCUGCAACCAAAUCGCUACCUAUUGUUUUCACUGUGAGAACAGUUAGCCAAGGAGGGAAAUUCCAAGAUGAUGAUUAUGAUUUACUUGAAUCAUUGUUGAAGGUCGCUCUGAAGAACGCUGUUGAAUACAUCGAUUUAGAGUUGACAUUGCCUAACAACAUACUCUACAAUGUUUUGAACAAGAAAUCAAACACAAAGAUUAUUGGCUCCCAUCAUGAUUUUGCAGCUAAAUUCCCAUGGGAUGAUGCUGAAUGGGAAAAUAGAUAUAACCAAGCUCUUUCUUUAGACGUGGACAUUGUGAAGUUCGUUGGCACAGCAGUAAGCUUCGAUGACAAUUUGGCUUUGGAAAAAUUCAGGUCCACUCAUACUUUGAAGCCACUAAUUGCUAUCAAUAUGACUGAAACAGGUAAGCUAUCCAGGGUGCUAAAUAAUAUUUUGACACCUGUUACCUCCAAGUUACUACCAUCCGCCGCUGCCCCUGGUCAAUUGACACUAGCUGAAAUCAACCAAUUGUAUCACCAAAUCGGUGGAUUACCAGCCAAGAAGUUCUUUGUUAUUGGUUCUCCAAUUGGACAUUCCAGAUCUCCGAUCUUGCACAACACUGGGUAUGAGCUACUAGGCUUACCUCAUCAUUUUGAUAAAUUCGAAACUGAAGAUAUCGAAGUAGUUAAGAAAGAACUUUUGACCAGAGAAGAUCUCGGUGGCUUAGCUGUAACCAUCCCAUUAAAACUAGAUAUUAUUGAUAGUAUGUUUGAAUUGAGCGAAGCCGCAAAGACCAUUGGCGCUGUAAACACUGUUAUUCCUUUAGGAAAGAACAAAUUCAGGGGUGACAAUACUGAUUGGUUAGGUAUCAAAAACUCUUUGGUUUCAAAUGGUGUUCCUAGUUCUGUUAGUGGUUCUGCAGGUCUGAUUAUCGGUGCUGGUGGUACUUCAAGAGCUGCUAUAUACGCUUUGAAACAAAUUGGUUGUGACACCAUUUAUAUGCUCAACAGAACCACGGAGAAACUACAAAAGCUGAAAUCCGAAUUUUCCGAAGAAUAUAAGAUUGUUGUCGUCGAAUCUGCCGAACAAACAGAGUCAAUUAAGGAACAAGUUUCUGUUGCUGUUUCUUGUGUUCCAGCUGAUAAGCCUUUAGAUCCAGAGUUACUAAACAAAUUGGAAAGACUUUUGGCAAAAGGUACAAAUAGCUCCUUCAAACCAACCUUGUUAGAUGCCGCAUAUAAGCCUUCAGUGACCCCUAUCAUGAAGCUCGCACGUGAUAAGUUCAACUGGAAUAUCGUUCCGGGCGCUGAAAUGUUGGUUCAUCAAGGUGUGGAACAAUUUUCUAAAUGGACAGGUGCAAAACCACCAUUUAAAGCUAUCUUUGAUGCAGUUACCCAAGAAUAG